UUGAUGCUGCCGGAGAUCACAGUUCUCUCUUCUGCUCCUCAUCGGGAAUCACAGACUCCACCAAAUAAGGACAAAGUAAGCCAAAAACAUCAAGAAAAAAGCAAGAGGAUUAAGAUCACGAUAAAUGGAUAAAUGAAGAGGAGAAGUGACUGAGUGGAGGCAGGACAAGUAAGGAAAAAAAAAAAAAAACUGGAAAACCUCCCUGAAGGAGAGAGAAGAUUUCUAAAAAUACAACCCUGCUUACUCCCUGCAUCCUCUCUCUCCCCAUUCUUUUUUUUGCAGUGUGCCCUCCUUCAUUCAGUACCUGUUCUGUGGGAUUAACAUGACUUAAAAUUCAAUCAGCCUACAGCCUGAUGGAAGAGUGACAGAGGAGGCAGACAGAGAGCUGCAGCUGUCGAGACCAAGCGAGAGGACGGCCAGCGGGAGGAGAGAGAGAGAGAGAGAGAAGGGAGAUAGACGGCGAGAGGUAGAGACAGAGAGGAGAGAGAGAUGGGUGUUUUUCCACGGAGCUGAGACAGAGAGAGCGCCGCGGAGAAAGAGAGAUGUGACAGUUACAGGAGUCGCGGUGGAAUGAUCCGGAAAACAAGGUUUCUAGCCAUCCCUCCAUCUUCCUCCCAAACCUCCUUUUGUGCACCUCCCUCCAAGGUCAUCAAUGAGCAACUAACUCAAUGUGGGAGAUCAAACACGGAUCACGCUGUGUAUAGUGUAGAGGGGCCCUGUGACACACCCUGGAAACCACUCCAGGAGGUGAGGGAUGACAGACAGACGACAAGUAAACAACUGAAUGCGUGAAAGACUGAAGCAAUAGGAGACAAUGCCAGAGAGGCAGAUGAAAAAAUAAGAAGCGAGGCGACGAGGCUGUAUGAGUGAGGGGGGAGGGGGAAAAAGGAUCGAGGAAGUGAGAGAAGGAGGGGAAGCAGGAGGGAGGAGAAGUGAAGAUCCUCGCCAACUCCAGGAUCAUUAUUCUCUGUCAAUUGAACGGCUCCAGAUACAGAGAGAGGUUGAACACAGCCAUGAGAAAAUCAUAUCAAAACGCCAUCAAUAGAAUUUCAAGCAAAGCGGAUUCGUGGAUUUUUUUCUCAAACUGAGGAAUACUACGCUGGGAUUGAGCGAGUAAUUCAGGAUUUUCCAGGUUUUCUUCAUCGAUAGAAGCCUAAGAGGAUAUUGUGGGAUUGGAAUUUCUGCAACUCUCUGGUUUUCUGACACUGACCUACAUCGCCUCCUUUUGAUGUGUGUGUGAAGGGGAGUAGGACAGGUUUCAGCACAAACACCCCACCCCCCUGCUGGCCCAACACAAGGAGAAACACCUGGGGCGAGAUCUGUGCUAAACAAUCACACAAAUACACACACACACACACACACACACACUAACCUGGAUAACAUGUGGAGCUGAUUCGGAUUAUAGAGCCGCACAGACGGAAAAGGUCUGUGGAUUGCCAGGCGUUCUACCAUGCCUGUCCCCCCACCCCUCAAUCCCCGCAGACAAAAACACCUGCCCCACACACACCUCCACCCCGAACAAAGGGCCACCUUCCCCUCUCUCAACCCUCCAUCCUUCCUCUCUCUUUGUCUUCUCCCCCCUCUCCUUGUCUCAUCUUUGCCCUCCUCAUCCUGUCUCAUCCACUGCGGCUGCCCCAGGUCUACCAAAAGAACGCUUCCUGACUCUGUCCCUUUCCCGGCGUUUCACUGGCUGACUCUUGUCACAUGCUGCCUGCUGCCUUCUCUGAUUGGAGCAGGGGAGACUUGGGGCGUGGUCUCGGCCUGUCCCUUCCACUGCGUGUGUCGAAACCUUUCAGAGUCGCUCAGCACACUCUGCGCUGACAAGGGCCUAUUAUUUGUCCCCCCGCACGUUGACCGGCGCACUGUCGAGCUGCGAUUGGCCGACAACUUCAUCACGGAAGUGGGCGGGAUUGACUUUGUCAACAUGACCGGAUUGGUAGAUUUGACUCUGUCGAGGAAUACCAUCCACCUGAUCCGACCAAUGGCCUUUGCUGAUCUGGAGAGUCUGCGCUCGCUGCAUCUGGAUGGUAAUCGUUUGACAACACUUGGACCCAGGGACCUCGCAGGUUUGGUCAAUCUGCAACACCUGAUCAUCAACAAUAACCAGCUGGUGAAAGUCUCUUCCCAGGCCUUUGAUGACUUCUUGCUCACACUGGAAGACCUUGACAUGUCCUACAAUAACCUCCGGAGGGUACCAUGGGAGUCCAUUCAGAAUAUGGCCAGCCUGCACACGCUCAACCUGGACCAUAACCUGAUAGAUCACAUCGCGGAAGGAGUCUUCGGAGAGCUGUAUAAGCUUGCAAGACUGGAUAUGACCUCCAACAGGCUCCGAACCCUGCCUCCUGAUCCCCUCUUUGCAAGGUCUCAGACAGGUGCAAUAAGUCCCACCCCCUACAAUGCAGUUAUAAGCUUAAAUUUCGGUGGAAACCCGCUGCACUGCAAUUGUGAACUGCUAUGGUUACGGCGGCUUAUCCGUGGAGAUGACAUGGAGACGUGUGCCACACCUGCUCACCUGGCUGGAAGAUAUUUCUGGUCGAUUCCUGAGGAGGAGUUUACUUGUGAACCACCUCUCAUCACCCGUCACACUCACAAGCUGUGGGUGCUGGAGGGCCAGCGAGCCACAUUAAAAUGCAGAGCUAUUGGCGACCCUGAGCCAGUAGUCCACUGGGUUUCACCAGAUGACCGCAUCAUUGCAAAUUCAUCCCGGACCAGCUCCUUCAGCAAUGGGACGUUGGAUAUCUUAGUAACAGUUGCCCGGGAUGACGGGGCAUACACAUGUAUCGCAAUAAACGCAGCAGGUGAAGCGACUGCCACUGUGGACCUGAAAAUAAUCCCCCUGCCUCACCGGGGCGGAGCAGGCGGAAACACAGGGAAUAACAAUGCGAACACCAAAAACAACAGGAACGUGACCAAUGGGAUUUUACGGACUGAUCCGGGUUCCUCGGAUAUCAGCACGGGGAAAAAUGGAGGUAUUAACAAUGCCGCAGGACGUGGAGGAGAGGUGGACGAUGGGAGAACAGCUGGAAGUGAGGAUGAUGAGGGUGACAAUAGCAGGGCCACCGAAGGGGAGCGGGUCGAUGGAGGGAGCAUGGAGAACGAGGAGGGGGACGAGGAGGAAGGAAGGAUGGUUGGAGUACAAGCGGUUACAUCAACCUCAGCUCAGGUCCGAUGGGAUUUGGGGCGUUUGUCUGCAGCUUACGUUGUCUGGAUGUAUCAGAUACAGUACAACUGCACCGCAGACGAGACCCUCAUCUACAGAAUUCUACCAUCGACCAGCGACCGUUUCCUGCUGAAGAACUUGGUCUCCGGUGUGGACUAUAACCUGUGUGUGUUGGCCAUUUUUGAUGACACAAUCACAUCAUUAGCGGCAACAAAAGUCCUGGGCUGCACCACGUUCUCCACCAAGGAUGUUUACCCAGCAUGCCGCUCUCUCCAAGCACAUUUCCUGGGCGGGACACUCACGAUAUUGGUUGGCGGUGUUGUUGUUGUCACUCUACUCGUGUUCACUGUGGCUCUUAUGGUUCGUCACCGUGUCUGUAAUCACGGCGAUCACAUGAUUUGUCACAACAGCAACACUGAGGCAGGAGGCGGGGCCUGCUGUCAGGGUGGAGGCGUUGGGAGUGGGGACAAAGGGGGAAACAGUAGUGGGUGCUACCAAUCAAAUGGUUCCGGGGACAUGAUGAUGGUGGUCCUGCCCAAUGGUCUGCCUUCCAAGAGAGGAGGGGAGAAGGACAAGGACAAGGAAGCGGCUGAUUCUGCUUCCUCUCUGCCUCCAAAACUCCCUCCAAAGCCCAGGCCCAAGCCUAAAGUCAACCUGGAGCAGUUUCUUUCAGCUGGAGGGGUAGUUUCCACAACAACGGGGGCAGGAGGUGCGAUGGCAUUGGUAGUAAGGCAAAGGAAGCUGGAGAAGGCGCCGCCAUACAGCCUUGAAAGUGACAGAACUCCACUCUACUACUCCCCUUCCCCACCAUCCACCCUGCCCCGUCAAUCACGCUCCAGGGACCGCCCAAAACCCCAUCUGGAGAGAGAACUGACCAAUCGCGCCAGUUUCUCUCUGGCUGCACCUUUGAGAGACUCAGAGUUGUUGGACUGGAGAAUCACUCCCCGAGGCAGGGACAAAUGGAACUCCUCACAGGCUUAUCAGAGCCCUCUAUCCCCUCUAAGCCCUGCUUGCGGGACAGUUAGCAAACGGCGGCACUCGCUGGAUAUGGGCUCCUCUGUUGCCCUAGCGACUGAUGCUGCAGCGACUGUUGCCAAGCGCUAUGGUGCUGUCAGUUAUGCUAAGCGGCUGAGCGUGAUCUGGACAAGGCGGAGCCAGUCGCUUCAUGGAAUGCUGGUGCAGUGCGCCUCCACAACCAGUACAACAUCUUCAACGGCCAGCGACGAGGUCGAAAGUGCCGGGGGCUUUGGGACACGCUGUGAGUUCCAACGGGGAUAUAUCCAUGCUUAUAACACCACCAACUCCAACUCUAACACUGGGAUCACAACUGGGAAAGCAAGCAGUGUAAAAGACAGGGGGAGGGAAAAGGGAAAAGACGGGAGAAGUGCUGAAGAACUGGAGGAAAGUGUGGUGUAGGGGGGCUGUGAGAGGACAGUUUGAAUGGGAUCUUGAUUUGAGGAGGGCAAAGAGGUGGAGUCAGGGGACAAAUUGAGGGUGCAGAAAAGUGCAGAUGAGGAAGGAAAAGUUGAGAGUUCAGUGGAAGGGAGAAGAGUAAUUCACUUGAGUCUCACUUGUGCAGCUCCCUGAUUUGCUCUGGGAGAAGUCAAGAAAAACAGAGGAGAGGAGAAAACAUACCUGGAAGCGAGGUGAAGAUUUUUAAGAGGCUCUUUAUAGCUGACCUAAAGAGCGUCUGGAAAAGUAAAUGGGAAGGGAGAUGUGAAAGGAAAAAGGGCAAGCGUGGGAGAAAUGGGUGAAAGUUUGAAAUUAAUUUUAAAUACUCAAGGUUGAGCUCAGGCUCAUUCCAGGAUAUAUAAAGAAAAAAGUACUAAAAACAAAAUUCAGAAAAAUGAAUUAAAAGAAUGAUCUAUAUACUGAGGGAGAGACGUAAUCAAAAAGGGUAAAACAUCAACAGAGCAACAGAUCCAAGGAUAUAUAGCACAGACAAAAAUGGUGUGAGCUCAGUGUGGAUCUCAGUAAAGCCUAUACACUAAUAGAACCCGACUCUUGCGAACACUUCAACUCGCCAGGGCCUCAGCCCCCACGACACCACAACAGUUUACACUGGAUGAAGAAAAACAUCACAACCGGUAAUACUGGAGGAACGCUCUUCACUGAAAAAGAUUUGGAUGGCAUAGUCCUAUUUUCUUUUCUUGUUUUUUGAAUCCCACACUGAUGGCCAUGUUGAAACUCUUUUCCAAAACACAAUGAAUGUGACUUUUAUGUGUCCUCUGUGGCUUGGACAAUGAUUUUGGCUUGCCGUGCCUGCGGAUUAUGGGAGCAUAAAUACAGGGCCGGGUGCAUUGGACAUGAUCAAUCGAUGCAGGCUGUAAAGAGCAAGUGGAGCAGAGACUUUAUUAAAAGAAAGACAUUAGGAUUACAAUGGAGUCGAUAUGGAUUACAAAAUGGAGGACGAGGGGUGUAUGAUGAAACGUGCGCGUGUGCAUUUCUGAAAGACAAGAUCAUAUUUGAUGUUGGAUGAUAAUGGACCGAACAAAUGAAUGAAUGCAUAAUUGUGCAUGCGUUGAUGGAUCAGGGACAGGAUGUAUGUAUGUGUUCCUGUAUGUGUUUGUAUGUGCACAUGUAUAUGAAUGUUUGGAGGGGCAAUCCAGUCAACCAGACUCCAUUUGUGGUAAGUAAGGUUUAGCGCAUUCUGGACAUGGUGCAACGGAAUAAGUCUAAACAUUUUGGAUUUGUGGUGGUCUUAAGGUUCACCAAAAGUGACGUAAGAGCGAAAUGCUGAAAGACAUCACCAAAACAAGAAUAAAUCACUAUUCCCAUGGUCAGAAAGCUGCAAACCAUUAAGUGGCAAUCCAAAUUUAAAAAUAAUUUUUUGUGACUUCAGACUCCUUUGUGCCACAUGGAUUUGCAUUAAAUCCAAACAGUGAAUGUUUUUAGAAAGAAAGCAGUUUAAAAAAAAAAAAAAAGACAGAACCACUAUGGAAGACACUGACAAUAUAAACUCUUCACUGGAAGACUUUGUAAAACGUAUAAUGGGACGACUGAUCCACUGGCACAAACCACAGAGACUCUUAAAAACUCCUAUCAAAGACAAAAAAAUGAAAAGAGAAAAUUUCAAGUACAUAUAUAUAGUAUAUAUAUAUAUAUAUAAAAUGAUGUUACUUGUCGCACCAUGUGUUUCUGUUUUUCAAAGUUUUCUGGGGAAUGAUGUUAGGAUCAAAUACAAAAUAUGAAAUGUGUGAUUUUUUGUUUUAGACAAAAAAUCUUCAUGAUUAGAACAGAAAAAUGUUCAUUAUAUAAUCAUAGGCAGACACAAAGAUUAAAACAGAUAUUGAAGAAGCAUACACAGCAGAAAACACAAACUAGCACACACACACACACCCCAAAAGACAGACACACAAACAAAUGCCUAUAAAACAGAGCCAAAUACAUUAAGAAUAAUGACGUUUAACCAUUACUGUUGUUUCCUUUCUGUUUUUAUUUCAUUUUGCCAAAGUCAAUAUUGUUAUCUGGACUUGAUAUAAAUAAUAAAAAUUACAUGUAUGGAA